UUAAACAAUAAUCGGUGAUAACGGUUUAACAGUUUCGAAAAUUUUGUCUGCGGCCAAGACCGGGAAAAGAUACCACUUCGAUGCGUUGCGAUUUCGUGCUAAUCUGCCUGUCCAAAUACGUUCGCGGUCGAGAUGGCUUUGUACGGCAUGAAGCAAUUGGAGGAACGGCACGUGCCGACCACCGUUCUAAAAAUGGAAUGGUCCAAUAAAAUGGAUCUGCUGGCCAUUGCCAAGGAACAUGGUGAGGUGUCUUUGCAUCGUCUUACAUGGCAACGAGUCUGGUCUUUGGCUGCCCCUAAAGACAAGACAUUGGUGACUGCAAUGGCUUGGAGACCCGAUGGAAAACAAUUGGCUGUGGCAUAUGAUUCAAACGAUUUAUUAUUGGUGGACGUUGAAAAUAAAGAUGUCACCUACACCAAAAAAACACCUCAUAAAGUCACUUCUUUGGUAUGGGUUCAACAAGAAAAACCAGAUAAAAAAGAAACCAUUGAUUCAGUACUGAUUGAGAUGAGUGGGUUGGACCAUCUUCCUAAACUUCAAAGCUUAGUCAUACAUGAUACACCUGAAGAAGAAUGUAUUAUAUCUAAAGUUCAAGAUACAUUGAACUUAUUGCUAGUUGGUAUGGACAAUGGUGAAGUACAAAUGCUAGCAUUAGGCAUAUUUUUAUGUGGAUCAAUUAGUUUGUCUGAUAUCUUUGGAAAAAAAUGUACUGUGUUAAACAUACAUAUGCCUCCAGAUUUGGGUUAUCUGUAUGUAGCUAUUCAAUAUUUUUAUGGAAAGGUAGAAAUAGUCACUAUUAAAUUACAAGAUUGCAGUACAAGCUGGAACGAUGUUUAUGAGUUAGCGUUUAAACAUGAUCAACUUUUAUCAUCAUUAGACUAUUUAGAUCAAACAAUGAAAAAUAUUUUGGAAACGUGGGAGAAUGUUUCUUUGAUGGAAAUGCAACUGAAAUUGAGCACUUAUUGCCCAGAAGAUCCUGAAAUGGUAUCAACUAAUUUAUUAGAACUUCUUAUUUAUGGAAUUUUAGAUGAUCGAAUGGAACAAUUUCUCAAAAAAGAUUUAACCGAUAAAGGUAUAAAAAAAAUUGGCCUUUCCAUAGAAUCAAGUCAUACCAAUGUUCAAAAACUUGUUGUAAAACAGUUAUCUGAAGUAACGAAUCAAAUUUUAUUUCAGCUCAUCGAAAUAUCUGGAAUGUCAUUAAAAAAAUAUAAGUGCCUUGGUUUGACUGAGCUCAGUGUUGAAAAGGCUAUAAAAUCGGUCAAUAAAUUUUUAAUGAAAUGCAACGAAGUACAAAUAGUUAUAGAAGAAUCGUUGACCAAAUACAAGCUAUUUUUCAAAUGGCUGUAUGGUAUGAUGGUGAAGUUAAAUGAUGAGAAUGUGUCCAAUGAUUCUGCACUGACGGAAAUGUCUCAACAAGAACUAAACCUGUUAGCCGAUUACAUUUAUAAUCUUGGUGAGAACGCCGAAGCAAACAAUUAUAAACUGGACCGGGUGGGUCAAUAUUUUUUGGACAGCGAUCUAGAGUUUCCCUAUGAAGCACACAAUCAGUGGUGGGAUCUGAUGAAGGACAACCCUUGUCUGGAAGAAAACAUUCUGAUCGUGCAACCACAAAAGAAGUUGUCGUUAGCGCAACAGUUCAACGCAGUAAAAAACGAUCUAAUAGACAUUUUCGCGCAGAAGAAGUCGUUUUUCGAUAAGACAUUUUCGCUUUACAACAACGUGCUGGUGGACGGUCACAACACCACUGAUCUGAUACACAAAGUGACCAUGGUCGACCUGCCCAACCACAAGCUGCUGGUAUGCUGCGUGGACCGGGGCGCGUAUGAUUUCAGUUUCUAUGAACUUAUGGCGUACGAGGACGGUCAGGAGGUGAUGCACCGCAGCACGAAUGUGUUCUACAUGAGCAACAAGAAAAAGCAGACGAUACACGACGUGCAGUUCUACUCGCAAGAUCACCUGUCCGUGCUCACCGAGACCAUGGACGCGUCGGAUAACCGUAACUCGCUGUUCCUGCAGCUGUCCACGAACGGGUUGCGUGGCCUUUGUUCGACGGACGGGCUGAGCACGUGCAAAAUAGGAGGAGACGACGACGGGAGCGGUGCCGCAAGAGGGGGUGGUCGUCGGCUAGAGGACUAUUCGUGCAGGAUAGUGGAAAACAUGUUGGCCACGAGUUUUGCGGUGAGCGGCACCAGGAAGGUGGCCGUGCUGUUGUCGCACAGCAAGCACAAGGUAAGACUGUUCGAAAUGGAAGCAGACGAGGAAGAGGACGAAGAAGACGACAGCACGAUGGACGUCACGCAGGACUCGAGUUUCGCGGACUAGAGAACACGUUACGUGUCGUACUGUCACUCCAGUAGUCGUUACAUCAUCGACUCGUUGUAUAAUAUCAUUAUUAGUGUUGUAUGAUGUGUGCGUUCGCAACAAGAUACGUUGUUGUCCGACUGAUGAGAAACAGUCAACACGUACAUGCAUGUACCCAGCAUCUCCGUUCGGCGGUCACAGUGUGCCUGAUAGACGACGACGUGAUUAAGUGACCGGUAAAUAGAUUAUUCUUCCUUCUCUCAACCUUUCUUAUUAACUCCCCUCUCUAUCACUCUGUCUCUCUCUUUUUCUCUCUCUUUAUCUUUGUAAUUCAUAAUACGACAAGAAUAUGUUGUAUAAUUUCAUAUAUACCUAUACAAGGCCAUCGCGAACGCACAUGGGUAUUGCACAGUAUUUUAUUUGUUAAAUAUAAUUAAUUUAAUUUUUUUUUAUGUAUAUAUUGUACAAGAAUCAAAUAUAAAGUUAA